GUUCAAGCCGGAGCUGGUGGUACAGAAAGCAUGGACUGGGCUUCCAUGGUUCUUAACAUGUAUAUCAGUUGGGCUAAACGCCAUGGUUAUGAGGUUAUGGUUGUGGAUGAAAUGCCUGGUGAGAUAGCAGGAAUCAAGCGUGCAACAAUCAAAGUAGAUGGAGAAUUUUCUUUUGGUUAUGCGAAAGCCGAAGUUGGGGUGCAUAGAUUGGUACGGAUCUCACCAUUUGAUACCGGGAAGCGUCGCCAUACUUCUUUUGCCGCUGUAGCUGUAAUACCAAUCUUAAACGAUGGACCAUCCCGCUUUCAAAUUAAGGAUUCAGACCUUCGAAUUGAAAGAUUUCGUGCAAGUGGUGCAGGUGGCCAGCAUGUUAAUACAACUGAAAGUGCUGUGAGGAUUGUACACAUUCCCACAGGAAUAUCUGCUACAUGCCAGAAUGAAAGGUCCCAACACCAAAACAAAGCGGCGGCGAUGGCUGUUCUUCAGUCUCGGUUAGAUCAACUCGAGGCUGCUCGUCAGGCACAAAUGAAUGCCGAGCACACGGAGUCUCUCACUGAUAUCAGCUGGGGAAACCAGAUAAGAUCUUAUGUUCUUCACCCAUACCGGAUGGUGAAAGAUCUCCGAACAAAUUACGAAGUUUCUGACCCUGAUUCUGUUUUAGAGGGAGAUAUUGAUGGCUUUAUUUUGAGUUUCCUUUCUUCAUCUCUUGAUAAGGAGGAAGACAGCUUGUAACCAAGGCCAACUGCUGUUCCUAAUUGCACCUCACUGGUGGCAGUUGGAUGUUGGAAUCAAGCUUUGUUGUGCCUUCCGAAGAUCUGUGAUUGGUGCAGUUGGAUCUGAUUGUUGAACAACCUGCAAUUUAUAUGGGAUAGGCUCAAGAACUGAGCAUUACCAUUGAGUUAGCCAAUGAUUGUGAUAUAGGGGCUGGUUGAUUGUUAGUAUUCGGAAGGCAUGUAUUUAAAGAAUACAGUGCGAGAAACCAGGACAGUAUAUUAUUUUGAUUGAUUGGUUUAGUUGGAUGUAGAAUAUGUUGAGGGAUAUAAAAUAUGGUGUAGAGUUUAAGCUGGCUCGUGAGAUGGCUUAUUAUGUAAUUUGGAACGAUUCGGAUUCAAGCUGUUUGUUGUGAUAAAA